GUCGGUGGGGUCUAACAGAUCAUCCAGUCCUAUCCAUAGAGAUUCCCCACCUGGUCAGCCUCAAGCCCAGACACGGACACAGAGACAGAAACACAGCAGCAGCAUCUUCAAGCCUCCUCCCCAAAAUCAACACCCUCCUGGACAGCCCUACCCCUCCCACAGCCUGCGACGACUACCCCAGUGCUCCCCUGUUCACCUCAGUCACCCCGUCCCCCUGUCCCCUACGUCAGCCCCUGGACCAGGACAGCCCAGACCACCUAUUCCCCCUCCUCACCGAGCCCUGCCUCCCCAUGGCCAAGGACAUGGCCACAGCCACACCCAGGCUCCGCCCAGAGGGGCGUCGUUUCGCAGUGUGCCACAGCACCAUAACUCCUGCAGGAUGGUCUUGGAUUUGGAGAAGCCUAGUCCCCCCCAGAAACCCCUACCUGCAGACCCCCUGGGCAGGAAUAUCCAGAAGCCUCUACCUGCCGACCCCCUGGGCAGGAAUAUCCAGAAGCCUCUACCUGCCGAUCUCCUGGGCAGGAAUAUCCAGAAGCCUUUACCUGCCUACCCCCUGGGCAGGAAUACCCAGAAGCCUUUGCCUGCUAACCCUAACCCUAACUCCCCCGGAAGGAGUGGUAAUCUGAUUCGUAGCCCCAAUGCCGUCGGAGUCCCCAUCCCUGUACCUGUCCCCGGUGUCCCCAUCCCUGUACCUGUCCCCGGUGUCCCCAGGCCGCUGAGACCUGUUCCACACCACAACAGAUCUGUUCCUAAGCAACCCCCAACACUACCUAAGCCUCGUAUGAUCGUCCACGCCAAGUUCAGCAGCUGAGAGCAGCUGGACUAAACUGAAGGGAAUUUAAAGGACGUUCUUUCUGUAAGACGAUAAAGACAUUUCACUUGCACUAUGAAACCUUAAGAUGUGGUGUCUCUGAGUUUUGAAUAAUCGGGGACGGACCGUUGGGGCGGUUGGUGUGUCAGCGAGUCAGUUCCCCUCCGUUGGUGCUCUGAUGUCAGAGGUGCUAUAGGUCUGAGCUCAGGUACAUGUAUGUAAAGUAUUUAUGUUUUGUGUAUUUAUUAAUUAGUUACCACACAGUGCACUGUGCCAGACACUUGGGAUGUAAUUUGUAGUCUUUGUUUAUUUUAAAUUUGUUUUCUACUGUUUUAGCCAUUUGAUUUCAAUCAUGGGGAUAUUUUAAUCUGUUUUGAUGGACAGGAAGCCAGGUGAAAGGUCCAACUUAACAAAGCCUGUCUCUGGAGGUCUGGGAAGUUGUAAAGACCUGAACAUGGCGUUCAAUGAAAUGGAUUCAGAACAAAGGGAAAGACAUCUACAAACAUCAGAAAGGGCGACUUUCAUCCGCACUUGGGUUGACGGACUUGGGUUGACGGACUCGGGUUGACGGACUCGGGUUGACGGACUCGGGUUGACGGACUCGGGUUGACGGAUGACGCCACCUGCUGUAAGACAACGGCAUCACUGGUAAAUCCUGCCGCAGGUCUUCCUCCAUCCAGUAUACAGCCAGCUGUUUCUCCCUCUGUGACCGUACUAUGUAUGCACUGAUGCUGAGAGACUGAGCCCUGAGGAACGCCAAUAACAACCUUUCACCAACCUUACAACAACCAUACACCAACCUAACACCAACCUUACACCAGCUAUACACCAAUCUUUCACCAACUAUACACCAACCUUUCACCAACCUUACACCAUCUAUACACCAAUCUUUCACCAACUAUACACCAACCUUUCACCAACCUUACACCAGCUAUACACCAAUCUUUUACCAACUAUACACCAACCAUACACCAACCUUACACCAACUAUACACCAAUCUUUCACCAACUACACAUCAACCUUUCACCAACCUUACACCAGCUAUACACCAAUCUUUCACCAACUAUACACCAACCAUACACAAACCUUACACCAACUAUACACCAAUCUUUUACCAACUAUACACCAACUAUACACCAACUAUACACCAACCUUACACCAACCUUACACCAAUCUUACACCAAUCUUACACCAACUACAGUGCCUUACAAAAGUAUUCAUCCCCCUUGGCGUUUUUCCGAUUUUGUUGCAUUAUAACCUGUAAUUUAAAUUGAUUUUUAUUUGGAUUUCAUGUAAUGGACAUACAGAAAGUAGUCCAAAUUGGUGAAGUGAAAUGAAAAAAAUAACUUAAAAUAAAAAAAAUCAUAAAAAACUGAAAAGUGGUGUGUGCAUAUGUACUCACCCCCUUUGCUAUGAAGCCCCUAAAUAAGAUCUGGUGCAACCAAUUACCUUCAGAAGUCACAUAAUUAGUUAAAUAAAGUCCACCUGUGUGCAAUCUAAGUGUCACAUGAUCUGUCACAUGAUCUCAGUAUAUAUACACCUGUUCUGAAAGGCCCCAGAGUCUGCAACACCACUAAGCAAGGGGCACCACCGGGCAAGCGGCGACAUGAAGACCAAGGAGCGCUCCAAACAGGUCAGGCACAAAGUUGUGGAGAAGUACAGAUCAGGGUUGGGUUCUAAAAAAAUAUCAGAAACUAUGAACAUCCCACGGAGCACCAUUAAAUCCAUUAUAAAAAAAUGGAAAGAAUAUUGCACCACAACAAACCUGCCAAGAGAGGGCCGCCCACCAAAACUGACGGACCAGGCAAGGAGGGCAUUAAUCAGAGAGGCAACAAAGAGACCAAAGAUAACCCUGAUGGAGCUGCAAAGCUUCACAGCGGAGAUUGAAGUAUCUGCCCAUAGGACCACUUUAAGCCGUACACUCCACAGAGCUGGGCUUUAUGGAAGAGUGGCCAGAAAUAAUCCAUUGCUUAAAGAAAGAAAUAAGCAAACACGUUUGGUGUACGCCAAAAGGCAUGUGGGAGACUCCCCAAAAAUAUGGAAGAAGGUACUCUGGUCAGAUAAGACUCAAAUUGAGCUUUUUGGCCAUCAAGGAAAAUGUUAUGGCUGGCGCAAACCCAACACCUCUCAUCACCCCGAGAACAACAUCCCCACAGUGAAGCAUGGUGGUGCCAGCAUCAUGCUGUGGAGAUGUAUUUCAUCGGCAGGGACGGGGAAACUGGUCAGAAUUGAAGGAAUGAUGGAUGGCGCUAAAUACAGGGAAAUUCUUGAGGGAAACCUGUUUCAGUCUUCCAGAGAUUUGAGACUUGGACGGAGGUUCACCUUCCAGCAGAACAAUGACCUUAAGCAUACUGCUAAAGCACCACUUGAGUGGUGUUGAAACCAGCAGGGAAAAAAGCAAUCCGCCUCCUAUAUUUCAUCUACAAUGAAACAGUCAAACCCCCAGGUUCCCAGGCCUAGUUAAAGCCCAGACCUCAAUCCAAUUGAGAAUCUGUGGUAUGACUUAAAGAAUGCUGUACACCAGCGAAACCCAUCCAACUUGAAGGAGCUGGAGCAGUUUUGCCUUGAAGAAUGGGCAAAAAUCCCAAUGGCUAGAUGUGCCAAGCUUAUAGAGACAUACUGUGGAUGGAAUUUAUAUGUUUAAAUGAAUGAUUAGAAUAUUCCACCCUGAAACUAUAUAAUUGUAUGUAAUUGAUUAGAAUCAUCAAAUUAUUAUUAAUGAUGUGUGUAGUCUUAGUCAGUAAAAUUACAAUUAAUUAUGUGUGUAGUUUUAGUCAGAAUUAGAGUAAAACAAUAUAUCUGUAUGUAACCGAUGUGAAAUGGCUAGCUAGUUAGCGGUGGUGAGCGCUAAUAGCGUUUCAAUCGGUGACGUCACUCGCUUUGAGACCUUGAAGUACUGGUUCCCCUUGCCCUGCAAGGGCCGCGGCCUUUGUGGAGCGAUGGGUAACGAUGCUUCGUGGGGUGACUGUUGUUGAUGUGUGCAGAGGGUCCCUGGUUCGCGCCCGGGUCGGGGCGAGGGGACGGACUAAAGUUAUACUGUUACAUGUACAAUAUGUCUCUAUAGUAUCUUAAACAGACUGUCUGAGCAAGAUUCGGUGCCGACCUUGGCUAGGGGCCACAGAGAGAUUUGAGGGAGGACAGGAAGUGCUUCUCACGGUCCCUAAUCUUUGUCGGCUGGGUAUUGAUAAAGUAUGUCAGCAGCAUACCACCCUGCAUACCACUGCUGGUUUGCUUCUGAAGCUAAGCAGGGUUGGUCCUGGUCAGUCCCUGGAUGGGAGACCAGAUGCUGCUGGAAGUGGUGUUGGAGGGCCAGUAGGAGGCACUCUUUCCUCUGGUCUAAAAAAUAUCCCAAUGCCCCAGGGCAGUGAUUGGGGACACUGUCCUGUAUAGGGUGCCGUCUUUCGGAUGGGACGUUAAACGGGUGUCCUGACUCUCUGAGGUCAUUAAAGAUCCCAUGGCACUUAUCGUAAGAGUAGGGGUGUUAACCCCGGUGUCCUGGCUAAAUUCCCAAUCUGGCCCUCAAACCAUCAUGGUCACCUAAUAAUCCCCAGUUUACAAUUGGCUCAUUCAUCCCCCUCCUCUCCCCUGUAACUAUUCCCCAGGUCGUUGCUGCAAAUGAGAACGUGUUCUCAGUCAACUUACCUGGUAAAAUAACGGUAAAAUAAAAUAAAAUAAAUAAAAAUGUGCGUAGGAUACCUACUGUUUGUGUGCAAAAGUAUGUGCGUAAGGAGCUAGUAUAAAAUGAACGGUUUUGUACAACGAAGGAGCGCGCCCGUGAAUAAACAUUUUGACCAUCAUAGCUGGGGCCUCCGUCUGUUUCAUUCGACCAGUAUCUUACAAAUCCUGGGUUGCAGACGGAGUAGUUAAUUGAUUUGGGUUAUGUACCUGGAGAACAUAAUUCUCGUGACACGAGAAGAGACGUGCAGCUGUAUCUGCUGCAAAACGUGGCUCUACAAAGUAGUAGUUGCGCACACUCAAGUUUUCAUUUGUUUUGUCUUAUUUCUUGUUUGUUUCACAAUAAAUAAGAAUUUGCAUCUUCAAAGUGGUCGGCAUGUUGUGUAAAUCAAAUGAUACAAACCCCCACAAAAAAUCUAUUUUAAUUCCAGGCAAUAAAAUUGGAAAAAUGCCAAGGGGGUGAAAACUUUCACAAGCCGCUGCACACACCAACCUAACACAAACCUGACAACAACCAUACACCAACCAUACACAAACCAUACAGAAACCAUACACCAACCUAACACAAACCUUACAACAACCAUACACCAACAAUACACAAACCAUACACAAACCAUACACCAACCUAACACAAACCUUACACAAACCAUACACCAACCUAACACAAACCUAACACCAACCUCACAACAACCAUACACAAACCUAACACCAACCAUACACAAACCAUACACCAACCUAACACAAGCCUAACACCAACCUCACAACAACCAUACACCAACAUAACACCAACCUAACACCAACCAUACACCAACCAUACACAAACCAUACACCAAUCUCACAACAACCAUACACAAACCUAACACCAACCAUACACAAACCAUACACCAACCUAACACAAACCUAACACCAACCUCACAACAACCAUACACCAACCUAACACCUACCUAACACCAACCAUACACAAACCAUACACCAACCUAACACAAACCUAACAACAACCAUACACCAACCUAACACCAACCUUACAACAACCUUACACCAACCAUACACCAACCUUAAACCAGCUAUACACCAAUCUUACACCAACCUUACACCAAUCUUACACCAACCUUAAACCAACCUUACAUCAACCAUUCAAUAACCUUAUAAUCAGCAGCCGACCCAAGAGUUAUCUCAACACCCACAAGCACUACAUAUAUAGACACUACGUAGCCCUACAUAAGCACUACAUAAACACUACAUAGCACUACAUAAACCCUUGAUUGUGUGAUUAUGUCAGACCGUCAGUCAGAAGCAGGGCUACCCAACAGAAAGGGCAAGUAACAAGUGGUAAUUGGAAUUGAACGCUACGGUUUUAUAAGCAAAACAGAAGCCUCUUUAAGAGGUGGAAAAUCAUUCCUUUUGCCAUGGAAGUAAUUCACUCGCUGGUUUGUACCUGGUGAAAGAAGGUUUAGAGGUUGUUUUAGCUUACUUUACCCUGACUGUGUAUCACCACUGAGACAACCACAAUCCUCCCAAACACUGACUCUCAACUCUCAUGGUUGAUUACUGGUUAUUAUGCACCGCGGGGCCAACGUUCGGUAGCGAAACGUCGGCGAAUGUUGCAGAUAGAAAUGCCACAAAUAGAGCAGAAGUGAUUCCUUAUUCUACAUGUCAGAGACGGGGGUUUUGUUCUACGUGGCAUAUUUCUGUCUGAAUGUUACAAAACGUUGCGUCCUGCUGAACACGCCCCCUGGGUUUUUAAUUUGCCGUUGUGCCCGAUGUUAGCCUGAUUAAAUCAGAUUGACUUCUGUUCUCAAAUGUUGAGUGGCUAUACUGAGGUGUUGUUAAUUAAGAUAUUACGCAGUUAUUACACAGUCCAGACGUGUUAUUACACAAGUCCAGAGGUGUUAUUACACAGUCCAGACGUGUUAUUACACAGUCCAGACGUGUUAUUACACAAGUCCAGAUGUGUUAUUACACAGUCCAGAGGUGUUAUUACACAGUCCAGACGUGUUAUUACACAGUCCAGACGUGUUAUUACACAGUCCAGACGUGUCAUUACACAAGUCCAGACGUGUCAUUACACAAGUCCAGACGUGUCAUUACACAAGUCCAGACGUGUCAUUACACAAAUUUCAUUGCUUUUUGCACACUAUCCACCCAUUUCUUGUUGACCUGUCAUACAUAACUGAGCAUGAGUUAUAAUUAUACAGUCCAGAGGUGUUAUUACACAGUCCAGAGGUGUUAUUACACAGUCCAGGUGUGUUAUUACACAGUCCAGAUGUGUUAUUACACAGUCCAGGUGUGUUAUUACACAGUCCAGAGGUGUUAUUACCCAGUCCAGAGGUGUUAUUACACAGUCCAGAGGUGUUAUUACACAGUCCAGAGGUGUUAUUACACAGGCCAGAUGUGUUAUUACACAGUCCAGAGGUGUUAUUACACAGUCCAGAGGUGUUAUUACACAGGCCAGAUGUGUUAUUACCCAGUCCAGAGGUGUUAUUACUCAGUCCAGAGGUGUUAUUACACAGUCCAGAUGUGUUAUUACACAGUCCAGAGGUGUCAUUACACAGUCCAGAUGUGUUAUUACACAGUCCAGAUGUGUUAUUACACAGUCCAGGGGUUUUAUUACGUGUUACUACACAGUCCAGACGUGUCUUAGUCUUUAUGUCGUAAAACUCAGAAGCUACAAGGUGAUUAUUUUAUUACAUUAUUUUAUGGUUUUUAUUACAGUGUGAAGGCUGUAAUUGUUGACGGUAUUGUUCAAAACUUUUAAUUCACACUGUUCAACUUUAUUUUAAGCACACACGUCUUGUUCUCAAAUAUCUAGAUGGAAAACCAGAGAUGUUCUGUCAUGUCUAUCUAGUAUUUAGUAUUUAAUCUCUUGGCUUUUGGCGACAGAGAUCCAUAGAUUCACAAUCAGUUAUUUUUACUAUGACGUUCUAUUGUGUUAAACUAGUUUUACCUUGUUUACUUUGCUGUUUGAAAGUCUUGUUGCCAUGACACCAGUAUUACUGUCCUGUGUCCUACCUGUAGUCACAUCAGUAUUACUGUUCUGUGUCCUACCUGUAGUCACACCUGUAUUACUGUCCCGUGUCCUACCUGUAGUCACACCUGUAUUACUGUCCUGUGUCCUACCUGUAGUCACACCUGUAUUACUGUCCUGUGUCCUACCUGUAGUCACACCUGUAUUACUGUCCUGUGUCCUACCUGUAGUCACACCUGUAUUACUGUCCUGUGUCCUACCUGUAGUCACACCUGUAUUACUGUCCUGUGUCCUACCUGUAGUCACAUCAGUAUUACUGUCCUGUGUCCUACCUGUAGUCACACCAGUAUUACUGUCCUGUGUCCUACCUGUAGUCACACCUGUAUUACUGUCCCGUGUCCUACCUGUAGUCACACCUGUAUUACUGUCCUGUGUCCUACCUGUAGUCACACCUGUAUUACUGUCCUGUGUCCUACCUGUAGUCACACCUGUAUUACUGUCCUGUGUCCUACCUGUAGUCACACCUGUAUUACUGUCCUGUGUCCUACCUGUAGUCACAUCAGUAUUACUGUCCUGUGUCCUACCUGUAGUCACACCAGUAUUACUGUCCUGUGUCCUACCUGUAGUCACACCUGUAUUACUGUCCUGUGUCCUACCUGUAGUCACACCAGUAUUACUGUCCUGUGUCCUACCUGUAGUCACACCAGUAUUACUGUCCUGUGUCCUACCUGUAGUCACACCUGUAUUACUGUCCUGUGUCCUACCUGUAGUCACACCUGUAUUACUGUCCUGUGUCCUACCUGUAGUCACAUCAGUAUUACUGUCCUGUGUCCUACCUGUAGUCACAUCAGUAUUACUGUCCUGUGUCCUACCUGUAGUCACACCUGUAUUACUGUCCUGUGUCCUACCUGUAGUCACACCAGUAUUACUGUCCUGUGUUCUACCUGUAGUCACACCUGUAUUACUGUCAUGUGUCCUACCUGUAGUCACACCAGUAUUACUGUCCUGUGUCCUACCUGUAGUCACACCUGUAUUACUGUCCUGUGUCCUACCUGUAGUCACAUCAGUAUUACUGUCCUGUGUCCUACCUGUAGUCACACCUGUAUUACUGUCCUGUGUCCUACCUGUAGUCACACCAGUAUCACUGUCCUGUGUCCUACCUGUAGUCACACCUGUAUUACUGUCCUGUGUCCUACCUGUAGUCACACCUGUAUUACUGUCCUGUGUCCUACCUGUAGUCACACCAGUAUCACUGUCCUGUGUCCUACCUGUAGUCACACCUGUAUUACUGUCCUGUGUCCUACCUGUAGUCACAUCAGUAUUACUGUCCUGUGUCCUACCUGUAGUCACACCUGUAUUACUGUCCUGUGUCCUACCUGUAGUCACACCAGUAUUACUGUCCUGUGUUCUACCUGUAGUCACACCUGUAUUACUGUCCUGUGUCCUACCUGUAGUCACACCAGUAUUACUGUCCUGUGUUCUACCUGUAGUCACACCUGUAUUACUGUCCUGUGUCCUACCUGUAGUCACACCAGUAUCACUGUCCUGUGUCCUACCUGUAGUCACACCUGUAUUACUGUCCUGUGUCCUACCUGUAGUCACACCUGUAUUACUGUCCUGUGUCCUACCUGUAGUCACAUCAGUAUUACUGUCCUGUGUCCUACCUGUAGUCACACCUGUAUUACUGUCCUGUGUCCUACCUGUAGUCACACCUGUAUUACUGUCCUGUGUCCUACCUGUAGUCACACCUGUAUUACUGUCCUGUGUCCUACCUGUAGUCACACCUGUAUUACUGUCCUGUGUCCUACCUGUAGUCACACCAGUAUUACUGUCCUGUGUCCUACCUGUAGUCACACCUGUAUUACUGUCCUGUGUCCUACCUGUAGUCACACCUGUAUUACUGUCCUGUGUCCUACCUGUAGUCACACCAGUAUUACUGUCCUGUGUCCUACCUGUAGUCACACCUGUAUUACUGUCCUGUGUCCUACUGUACCUGUCCUCUGUCCUACCUGUCCUCUGUCCUACCUGUAUGUUCUGUUUGAAAGUUCCUUUUUGUCUGUGUUACAUAGAAAACACAAUAUGUUACAUGUAAACACCACACGUUAUCAUGGACAGAUCGCUUUUUGUAAGAUCAUUAUUUGAUACACUUUAGUGUCUAUGUCAAUACACACAAACUUUUGAACACUUGAGCAGUAUCAGUAAAAUGUUUUUUAAACACUAAA